UCCGAGGAGCUGAGGGGAAGGCCGGAGCCCCACGUCGCCGCGCUGAGGCAUGCCCUAUGUGAAGAAUUCCGAGCGUGGCUUUCUGCUGUGACCCAGAUAGAGCUGGAGCCAACUAUUGACAUCUCCUGUGCUAAAUACGAGUAUACUGAUGUCUUGCUGUGCCAUGACGAUGAGCUGGAAGGUCGGAGAAUUGCUUUCAUCCUGUACCUCGUGCCACCCUGGGAGAAAAGCGAUGGGGGAACACUGGACCUGUAUAGCACAGAUGGACACUUUCAGCCACAGCGAAUCGUCAAGUCAUUAGUGCCUUCGUGGAACACGCUGGUUUUCUUUGAAGUGUCUCCAGUCUCUUUCCACCAGGUGUCAGAAGUUCUGUCAGAGGAGAAGUGCCGCUUGUCAGUGAGUGGCUGGUUUCACGGCCCAUCAAUAGACAGACCUGCACGCCACGUUGAAGCUCCCUCGCCCAGGAGCCCACACAUCCCCUAUGAUCAUGAAAUCUUGUAUGAGUGGAUCAAUCUAGUUUAUUUGGACAUGGACUCCCAAGCUCAAAUCCAGGAGGAAUUUGAGGAGCGAUCAGAAAUUCUCCUGAAAGAUUUUCUUAAG